ACCAACACCAGUCAGCCAGCCACCACCACCACCAGACAGCCAGCCACCACCACCACCAGUCAGCCGGUAACCACCACCACCAGUCAGCCAGCCACCACCACCACCACCACCACCACCACCAGUCAGCCAGUCACCACCACAACCUGUCAGCCAGCCACCACCAACACCAGUCAGCUAGUCACCACCACCACCAGUCAGCCAGCCACCACCACCACCAGUCAGCCAGCAACCACCACUACCACCAGUCAUCCGGCCACAUCCACCACCACCACCACAACCAGUCAGCCAGCCACCACCACCACCACCACUACCACCACCAGUCAGUCAGUCACUACCACCACCAGUCAGCCAGCCACCACUACCACCAGUCAGCCAGCCACCACCACCACCACCACCACCACCACCAGUCAGCCAGUCACCACCACCACCAGUCAGCCAGCCACCACCACAACCAGUCAGCCAGCCACCACCACUACCAGUCACCCAGCCACCACCACCACCAGUCAGCCAGUCACCACCACC